AUGGGCAUGCUGCUUCGAGGGGCCAUGAUUCUGGCUCUCCUGACCGCCAUGGUGCGCACGUGUCCCAAGCCAUGCCACUGCUCAGAGCGGGGCGGCCUGACCAACGUCCAGUGCUCGUCCCGCGACCUGGACGCCAUCCCGGACGACCUGCCAGAGGACACGGUGACCCUGCAGCUGUCGUCCAACCACAUCACGCGUGUGCCCAGCCAGGCCUUCAGCCGGCUGUGGCGCCUGCAGGAGCUGGACCUGUCGGGCAACACCAUCGAGGCAGUGGAGGCCGGCGCCUUCCAGGGCGUGACGGAGAGUCUGCGGGUGCUCGACCUGUCCGACAACCGUCUGCGCGGCGUGCCCAAGGAGGCUUUCGGGCGGCUGCACGCCAAGAUCAGUCUGUCGGGCAACCCGUGGCACUGUGAGUGUGUGCUGCAGGAGGUGCUCCGCGAGCUGCGGCUGGACGAGAACACGGUGAACGAGGUGAGCUGCCACACGGCCGUGCGCGAGGAGUUCGCCGGCAGGCCCAUCAUCCAGGUGCUCGACUCCGGCGUCAACUUCUGCAGCUUCCAGCGCAAGACCACCGACGUGGCCAUGUUCAUCACCAUGUUCGGCUGGUUUGCCAUGGUCAUCGCCUAUGUGGUUUACUACGUCCGGCAGAACCGCGAGGACGCACGGCGACACCUGGAGUACCUCAAGGCCCUGCCCAACAGCUCGCACAGUAGCUCCAAGGACUCAGAUACUGCCAGCACCGUGCUGUAGUGUCAGUGUGUGUGUGUGUGUGUGUGUGUGUGUGUGUGUGUGUGUGUGAGAGAGAGCGAGUGAGAGACUCUGUGUACUGGUAGCAGGUGUUGGGGAUGUCGAUACUCUGUGUAUGUUAGAGAGAGAUUGGAUAGUCAGCGCUAAGAAAGAAAAAGUGUGUGUGUGUGUGUGAGAGAGAGAGAGAGAGAGAGAGAGAGAGAGAAAGAAAGAGAGAAAUCGAGAGAUUAUGUACUUGUAGCAGGUAUCGUUGAUGUCUAUGCUCUGUGUAUGUCAGAGAGACAUUGGAUAGUCAGUGCUAAGAAAGAAAAAGUCUGUGUAUAACUCUGUCUGUAUAAGUGUUGUAGAGGUUAUGGGUAAACAUUAAGAUUUUUACAUUCCUGUUUUUGAAUGUAAUAUAAAAUGAGGAAGAAUGAAAAAUAUAUGUGCACUUCUUUUGCAUCUGAAACAUUUAAUAAUUUUUAGACAACUUCAAUUUGAAACAUAACAGGCUUAUUCUCCUAAAUUUUUCUAAUUUUGGUUCAGUAAUGUCUGUCUGUCUGAUAUAUGUCCUAAAUGGAUAUAAAUUCUCAGGAUGUGAAGUUGUGUUAUCCCCCCUCUAUCAAAUUUUCAGUUGAUGAAAAACUUAAUGAGUAAUGGACCAUCCACUCAAUCAUGCUCUUGCAAUCCCAGCAAGACAAAACCUUGAUCCCUGCGGAUAAAUCCUGGCCUAAAUUCCAAGUGCCUCCAUUCUGGUGGUUCUGCACCCAAUCAGAGAACUGAAAGGGCUGAGACUUGACUCAUCAUUGGUGACAUUUUCCACCUGUUUGGUCUGUGGUGAGAGGGUAAGUGAAUGCCCUCUCUUCCACCACCCCACUCUAAGGCUUUGUCCUGGGUGCAUCGAUACCACCUCUGCGUUGACCUCACUGAAGGCGUGUGUCUCAAGUUGAACUAUGUCUGGUGUUUCUGUAGUAAAGUAUAAAAAUGGAGGAGAUGUACAAGUGAACUUGUAACAAAAGCAAAAAAAAAUUGCCUUCAGAAAUUGAGAACAGUGGGUUUGUUCGCCACAGUCAACAAAAGUUAAAACGUAGGCUCUACCAAGGCCAGCUAAGCACAGGAAUUCGACAAUACAAAAACACAUUCUGUACAGAAUCUGUUCCUCUCUCUCUCUUCUUGUGUCACUCACUGUGGACAGGUCUGUACAGAUCUUCAGGUGUUUGAGAAGAUAUAGUUCUCGAAAAACAAGAGCAGUCAGACAGCAGGGCACAUGGGAUUUGGGAUGGGUUCGUAUGAGUCACAAGAUCCAGUCCAGUUGGCUUGUUCACUGCACCCCAAAUGAUCAAAUCAGCCAGACAUAAAUAAAUAAAUAGUGUGGAUCUCUCCCACAGUUAUGGUGUGAGUUCUGUGUCAAGUUGUAGUCAAGUUUUUUUAGUUUUUUAUUUUUAUUUGAUAUGUGCCAUUAAAUGUUCACCAAAUUUCCUUGUUCUGUAUUGAGCUGUGCGGCUCAGAUGGGGUCAGCUCCGAUUUAAAUGUAUUUGAUUAAAGUGUCUUAAAAUGGAUAUCGACUUCGCUGCACAUCUGUUUAUCUGUGUUUUCCCUCAGGAGCCUCUGUAGCUCAGUGAUGUCUCUGGUCAGAACCUUGAGACAUUGUGCAGGGAUCAUGCAAGACUUCCUAGUGUGCACAGAGAUCAUGCAAAGAUUCUGUGCAAAUGGCCAAUGCAUUUCCCACUGAGACAUGCUGUUGGUGGAGAGGAGAGAGGGGAUGGAAAAAGACAGAUGCUGUGGUAAUAGGGUAAGUUUGGUACUUUAACAUGCGGUAGAGCCAGAGGGAUUCAAGAUGUGGCUUUUAAUGUUUUUCCACCUCACAUUGGUUUAAAUUCCAGUAUUUUCCACUGAACAUCAGGUAACGUGCCAAACCAUGUGCAUUAUAAUUGCAUAAUUCAUGAGAACGGCAGUGUGAGAUUCUUGUAAUGGGGCUUUGAGUUAUGCUGUGCAUUGGUACAAGCCAGAAUGUCAUGCAUUUAAUUGGCUGUUUAAAAAUAGAUGGUAUUGACAGCAAAUUAGGCUGUUGUUUAUACACACUCAGACAGCCUGCUGUUAAUGUCUAAUUAACUAAUUACCUGUGAUGCUAAGAAGGGUUGCAGUGUACAGGAAGCACUUAAUAUUUGAUAUGAGGACAUACUUUAUUUCUACAGAACCUCCAUCA